UUUAAUGCAUUCUCGAGUGUUUUCUGAUUGCACGCCAGUGGGGUUUGGCCGUGGUUUAGACAUCAAGAAGAGCAUCGCGAAGGUUUCCGUGGAAAGAUAAUCGAAAAGUCAAUCGCCGCCGCGGGCUUCUUCUGCACAGGAACACGCACACAAACGAAAGGAACUAUGCUACCGCUACUGUAGCGGACCGUUCGUCGUCGUCGUCGUCACUCGUGGUCCGUGGCAGCGUUGGAAACGACCGUGUAAGCCACGGCUGAACAACGAGAGCAUCCGCUUUCGGGAAAACGCUCUGCGGUCCUGUUUUCUUCGCUAGCAACUGAGGAAGAAAACGCCUCGUCCGUCAAUAACGCUUGGUCUUCGGAGUGAAAGAAUGAAAGGCCAGCGGCCAGUGUCGAGCGUGUAAAAGUACGGGUUUUGAUUCCAAUUCGUUUUCUGCAUCGUUGUGCGUCAAUCCAAAAUCGCAGUUUCCUUUGGGGGGGUACGAAGUGCAAAUCGGAAUAACGUCUGGCGUCGUCGUCUUCGAAUCGCUCACCCAAAGGUGGUUGGCCCCACAGGCCCUUUACAGGAUCUCCCCGGGAUACACACACGUGCAUCUGUACAUAAUACAACCAUCACCAUUAUGCAAUCUUACGGACGGACAAUCUGUGCACGCGGCACGCCCACGAGCUGGGAUCCAAGUGAAUGCUAAGAAGAGCAAACAGAAGGACACUGUUUGAUCACCAAGAACAACGGACUGUUGCGUAUGUGAUGCAUCAAGUGAAACAACAGGCAGGCCGCACACAGCAGGCUAUCCAAUCCACCAGAUGAAGUGCUAAUUGAAUGAAAAGAAAAAACCGGUGGAUAAAUGGCAUAAUGCAUCAUACGAUGAAUAUGGGGUUGCCGGUUCUUUACGAAUGUUUUUUUUUUUUUAAUUUUUUAUUGCAUUCGAGCGCAGCCGGGUGAGACUUUGGCCCACAAGUGACAGCUGUCCGUCGUGUCUGACGCGUGCCACAAACCCACAUUAACCGAUUUGCGUUGUGAGGACCGUUGAAACCACCAUCCCGUACUCGUACUGCAUUUUGAAGAUCAGUGUGCGUGCGUGCGUGCGUGCGUGUUUGUAUGUGUGCGUGGAUAGUGCAGCAGUCGCAUCUAGGAGUCAUCGCAUCGCAUCGCAGCAGCACCGCUUCUUCAAUUUGUCUCAUGUUUUACUUUGUGUGUUAUUGCAGGGCAGAAAUUGAAUUCGUCAUUCGUAAAUGUGUUACUCGAUCGUACGGUUCGCGUUUAAUUGUGAAGGUGUAAGUUGUUCCGUGUGCGCCGCGUGUGCUCUCGCAGGGUGUGUAUGUGCAUCUAUUUAGGUUUUUUUGUGUCCGUGCGUCCGUGCGUCCUUACGUGCGUUCGUGCGUGCGUGAGUUCUUGUGAGAAAUUAAGCGUCAUGUGAAAAGCACGCCGCAAUGAAGGGGAGCCAUGUGAGAUGAAGCAGUAAGGAAAGGGAAGAGUAGAGCGACGCGUCGUCAAUUGUAGCAUUGUGAAGGCCUGCCAUGCACCGGGCACAGCAGGCGGGUUUAUGUUUUGUCAUGUGAACAUCUAAAUGCGCCCGAAAAGCAAGCUUUGAGUGUAGCAGAAGCGAGAAAAAAUCUCAGAGUGUAUCCAGGUGCUCUGCGUAAUCGUGUGCCGCAGGAAAUCCUUUUUGAGCGUGUUAAAAACCGAGAAGUGUAUUCGUUUCGUAAAAUCGUGUCGUGUGAGUGUCGUGUCAAACUGUGCAUAAUGCCGAUAUCGAUACGUUUGCGAUGUCCGGCUUGUAGUAGAGCAGCAGGGGCAACAGCAGCAGUUGCCAAACAGCAGAAGCAGCAGCAGCAGCAGCAGUUCCGACAACAGCAGAAGAGUUAAGAGUGGGACACAAACACACUCGACGACUCCUCCAACAAGUAUAGAGAAGCAGCUAAAGCUUAGAAGGCGGCUCCUCUCAAAAGUUCGCUUUCGCGCGGGAGCGAAAGAGAAACUGAAAAAGCCGAGGGAAGAAGUCUAGGAUAUUCCCUCUAACCGCGUCAACAGUCCACGCCACCUUUCUCCACGCGGUACAAUGGGUGACCAGAAGAGUCAGAAGAAUGGCUCAGGAGCAGCGGCUGGCAAUAAUAAUGGAGGGGCAGGAGCUGCUGCGGCGUCGGCAGCUAACACUGGUACCAACACCACGACAACGGCGGCAGCUUCGGCACCAGUGACAACGCCACAACAACAGCAACAGCAACAACAACAACAGCAGCAGCAGCAGCAGCAUCAUCAUCAACCGCAUCAUCCUCAGCAUCAUUUGCACCACCCUCACCAUCUACACCAGCCGCCGACACAUCCGCAUCCGCAUCCACACCACUUACCACCGCACCAUCCGCACCACCCGCAUCCGCAUCAUCCACCACACCCGGGAGGACCUCCGCCAGGUCCGCCGGGAGCGGAACAGCACGGCGGCGGUCACCACGGGCACCCUCCGCCCCCGCCCGGUGCUGGGAUGCAUCAUUCACCGUACGACCAUCACCAUCCGGUUCCGGUAUCGGGUCCCGGCGAUCAGGGUGGCAAUGGUAGCGGUAGCGGGAAGGACGAAGGAGGUCCGGCAGCGCAGCAUGGCCAUCCACCACCACCUCCCAUGGGCCAUCACCAGGCGCAGCAACAGCAGCAGCCACCGCCGCCGCACCAUCAGCAACACCAUGGUUACGGACAGCCGCCGCCACCUCCGAUGCAGCAGCAUCAACAACAGUACGCACCGCGGGCGUACCAUCAUCAUCCCCAUCAUCCGCACCAUCCGCACCACGAUCCGAAUGGCCAACCGAUCGGUGGUGCACCCGGUGAUCCAUACGCCCACUAUCACCACCGCAUGGGACCGGCAGCGGCGGCGGCCGCAGCUGCAGCCGCCGCAGCCGCUGCAGCCGCGGGUAGUGGCGGUGCGCCACCGGGCAGUGGCAGUGGUACGCCGCCCCCUCCAGGUCCGGUGCCACCGGGUAGCGGUGGUAAACCGGCAGCUGCGGCGGCCGCUGCCGCUGCAGCUGCUGCAGCAGCAGCCGGCGGAGGCAGUCCGAUGCACGGCCGGCACCAUCAACGGUACAUGACACAGCCUGGCAGCGGUGCAACAGCCGCCCCUCCCGGUGGCCAUGGUGGAAGUGGUCCGCCAGGUCAACCUCCCGCUGCCAAUGCACCGGCCGGCGGUGGGCCAACGCCAACGCUUAAUUCGCUACUGCAAUCCCAUCCGCCGCCCCCGACACAUCCGGGCGCCGGACCACCGCCGCAUCAUCGAUAUCAUCCGCCCGGUGGUUACGAUCCUUCGGCGGCACCGGGUCAACCACCAUCGCAGGGUGGACCCCCGGGGCCACCUGGUCAACCACCACCACCGGGCACGGCCGGAGGACCUCCUCAGGGACCGCCCGGGCAACCACCACUGCCCGGGAUGUCACCGUACCACGGAGGUCAUCAGCAGCCGCCGCCGCAGCAGCAGCAACAGGGUUGGGCACCACCACCACGCCCCUACAGUCCACAUUCUCAACCCUAUCGACCACCGCCACCGGGUAAUACCGGCCGAGGACAGUCGCCUUAUCCGCCACCGGGUCCACCGGGUGGUCAAGCGCCGGGAAGCUAUCCACCACCGCCUCAGGCCGGUGGCGGCCCUCCCCCUCCUGGAUCGGCGCAGCCCCCGCCGUCGCAAGCGCCGGGGGCUGCCGGCGGUCCACCGGCGCAAGGGCCACCACCACCGUCACAGGGUGGACCGUCGGCAACCGUAGGUGGAAACCAGCAGCCCCCACCACCGCCCCCUACGUCACAGGGCGGUGGUCCGCCAGCCAAUACACAGUAUACUCCUUACCAGCCGCAGCAACCGCGAGGCUAUCCGCCGAAUCCUCCCGGCGGUCCUGCCGGCAACCAUCGAACACCGUAUCCGCCGCAUCAGUACGAACCGGUACGGUCGUGGCCAUCGCCGGCUGCUAGUCCGGGGCCAGGCCCGGGGCACUUACCGCCGUCGCCGCACGGACCACCGCAAAGCCCCGGACAGCAGCCACCGCCCGGGCCGCAGCAGCAUGGUGGCGGUCCGAGUCCAUCACCGCAGCCUCCGCAACCAGCUCCAUCACCCCAUCAGGUAAAUAUCGGAGAUAGGAAAAGAUCAAAGUACCAAAGCACCAACUCUUUGGAUCCGACGGGCCAGAACAGUAAUGACGGCAGUACGACAGGAGCGGCAGGCAGUUCCGGUGGCGGUGGGCUUCACGGUGCUCCCGGUACGCCCAACUCUUCCUCUUCCUCGUCAUCUCAGGGCAUGAGGCCAACGCCUUCGCCGACUGGUUCCGGUAGCGGAUCGCGUUCUAUGUCACCGGCAGUAGGCCAGCAAAGUGUUCCGAUGCCUCCACGUCCCUCGAGUAGUCACUCACAAGCACCGAAUCAGCAGAACCAGGGCCAACUGGGUACCGGCAACAGUAGUAGUAACAGCAACAACAGUGGCAACAGCAGUAAUCUAGUGCAUAGCAAUCAAUCGCAGACGGCCGUAGUACCGCCGGAGCAUCACGGACGUGUCGCUUCGCCGAACCGUCCACCUUCGGCCUCGCAGCAGAUACCGGUGUCGUCGGCUGCCGGAGCACCACCAUCGUCAUCGGCAUCGCUACCCCCUACGUCACAGGCAGGAGGAGUAGGUAGCGGCAGCAACAACGCGAUGGCCGCUCAGGGUGGCUACCAGCCGCAACCACCACAUCCACCACACAUGCACGGGCCGUACAAGAUGGCACCCGGGCCCGGCGGUGGUCCGGGUAUGCCUCCGGGUCCCGGGGGUGGUCCACAGCAGAUGUCUCCCUACCCGCCACCACCACCUCAACAGCAGCAGCAGUAUUCACCACAUGCGCCAGCCGGUUACUCGCCCCGGCAUCAGUACCCGGGAGCAUAUGGUCCAACACCGCCACCACCUCCCGGUUCGCAGCAACCCCCACCCGGAGGAGCAGGCGCGACGGGUGGCGGAUAUCCGGGUCAGCACCGGAUGCCCAAUCACGUGGCCGGUGGACCAC